AUGAGGGCGCAUAAUACGUCCCUGCUGGACCCGAAAAAACUCCCAGACUGCUGGCCCCCAGAUGGCUUGAUGCCUGAGAGCAGCUACUGGCAGCUCUGCCCUCCCGCCAAGUCCAGCCUGCAGGGGGGGUUGCUGAGCUCUAGUUUCCCUCCCGGUCCUGUCCCCCUGGUGCCGCCCGAUGCCCACCUUCAGGAGGGGGGUGACCCCCUGGACGACGCCACCUCUCAGCCGCAGCAGCAGCGGCCUCUGGUGCCCAGCACUUCUGCGUCCGAGCUCUCCCUCCCUGGGGCGGCGGCCCCUCCAGGUCCAGCCCCGCCGCCGCCUCCUCCCCCACCACCCAAGCGCCACUGCCGCUCUCUGUCGGUCCCGGAGGACUUGUCACGCUGCCGCUACACGUGGCGGCCCAGCGCCUCACGGGUCUGGACUCCCGUCAGUCGCCAGCAGUGCCAUGGAGGAGCGGGCGCCACCGGUGUCACCGGUAUGGUAGCGGCGGGGGGCGGUGCCUGCCCGCUGCGCGCCCCGAGCUCCUCUCUGAACUCGUCCCUGCACUCGUCGUCCAGCCCCACCUUCUUCAGCUUAGCGCUUUCUCCCGAUUCGCCCCUACCCUGGAACUUCCCUUGGGACCCCAGCGAGGCGGCGGCGGGGGGUGGCGCCUGUUGCUGUUUCUUCCCCUCGCCCUCCUCCUGCUCCUCAUCACCCUCGCCGCUCCACCCCCCGCCGCCUCCCCAGCGACGGUUCUCCCUCUCACCGGUGCUCAUCAGAGAUUCGGCGGCCGUCGCCUUCCUUCCCCCGCCUCCCGUUCCCAGCCAAGCGGCGGCGCCCCCGCCAGCCGGGGCGUCAGGGGCCCCGGUGCCCGCCUCGCCCUCCUCGGCGUGCAGCACGCCAUCGUCUUUGCGCCGCAGCUUGCCGCCGCAACUACCCCGUUGCCACUCGCAGCCCUGUGACCUGCUGCUUCUCAAGCCAGGGUUGAAGAGGCGGCGCGACCCCGACCGCCCCUGUGCCCGUCCCGUCCUCGACUUCACCAAGAUGACUCAGACUCGCAGUAUCGACCCACAGUAUUUGGAACGCGGCGGCAGGCUGGCCUGCGGCGGCGACCUCUUCAUCGGCAUGGAGUCGUUCAUGGGCGACUUCCGGGGCUCGUGCUCGCCGGCCGAGUGUCUGGGCAGGUCCAGCAUCGGCCCGCUGAGCGAGAGCGACGAGGAGUGUCGCGAGAGCGACGAGGACGGCGAGGAAGACGAGGACGAGGAGGCGGACCAGCGCGAGGCGGCCCAGCAGCAACAGGCCGUCUUCGAGAGGGAUUGUACAGAACUGGACUUGAAUUUAAUCGAAGAAAACUGA